AUGGCCUCCAGUUCUAAUAUUGGUGCUUCAAAUUCUAGCGAUGAUGAAGCAUGGGAACAAAGUGUUGCCGAACAUAAUCGCCAACUUGAUCGCAUCAUUGAGAAUGUGGUAAUCCAGGCCGCUAGUCUAUCUGUACAACCUACCAAUCAUGCCGUUAGAGCAAGGAGGCGGUAUAUUGAAAGAAGACGUGAGAUAGGUCAUGAAGGUGUGUUCGAGCAGUACUUUUCAGAAGAUCCAAUCUAUCCCCUAGAAUAUUUUCGAACAAGGUUUCGCAUGCGAAAGCCUUUGUUCGAACGUAUAAUGAACAAGCUUGUCGCCACCGAUAGAUAUUUUCAACAACACCCUGAUGCAGCUGGCCGUGUUGGUAUGUCUCCAAUUCAAAAAUGUACUGCAGCCAUGAGGGUGUUGGCAUAUGGCACUUCAGCCGAUUUGCAUGACGAAUACUUACGAAUGAGCGCCCAAGUCAUUCGUAAAUCAAUCAUCAAAUUUGUUGAAGGUGUCAUUUCCAAUUUCGGAGCUGAGUACCUCAGAAAGCCAACUGAAGAAGAUAUGGCAGCUCUUCUUCAUAUCGGAGAACGGCGAGGGUUCCCAGGCAUGAUGGGCAGUAUUGACUGUUCAAGAAAUGAUAUUAAUGUACUUGAUCAAUCGCCUGUUUUUGAUGAUAUCUUGGAAGGUCGAGCACCUAAGGUCAAUUAUAUCGUUAAUGGUCGCGAAAGGAAUAUGGGAUAUUAUCUCACUGAUGGUAUAUAUCCUCAAUGGGCGGCAUUUAUCAAAUCUAUUCCUGCUCCACAACUUCGAAAGCAUCAGUUGUUUGCUCAACAUCAAGAGGCUGCACGAAAAGAUGUUGAGCGAGCAUUUGGAGUUUUACAAGCGCGUUUUGCUUUUAUUAAGCGGCCAUGUCUUAUUUGGGAUCGUGAUAUUAUGGGAAAAAUAAUGAUUGCUUGCAUCAUCAUGCAUAAUAUGAUAGUGGAAGAUGAAAGAAGCAAUUACCUUAACUAUCAUGAUCCUACAGAAUUCAUCGAAGAUCGACUAAGACAGAUUGCUCGUCGAACUGAAGAUGGAGAGGAAACUAAUGAUUUCGUAUACUCUACGAAUAGGAUUGCAAGCCUAGCGAGCUAUAUGAGAACUAGGUCCCAACUUCGCAAUAGAGAAGAUCACAGCUCUCUAUUACAUGACUUGAUUGAGCAUAUAUGA